CUCAGAACUUUCAGUUCAUCUCUUCCUUAGUUAUCGACAUUCUACUGAAUCAACAAAUUCUCAAGUCCCCUUUGAAGAGUUUAUUGAUUUCAAACUUAGUUUCAGCAAGAAAAAAAGAUGGAUCAGUCGCGGAACAAAGGUUUGGCUGAACAAGAUCUAAGCAAACUAGAUGUUACUUUGCUUCAUCCUCUUUCUCCUGAAGUCAUCUCUCGUCAAGCAACCAUUAACAUAGGAACAAUUGGACAUGUCGCACAUGGAAAGUCGACUGUUGUAAAAGCUAUUUCUGGUGUGCAGACUGUCAAAUUCAAAAGUGAACUGGAGCGUAACAUUACCAUUAAACUUGGAUAUGCAAACGCCAAGAUUUACAAAUGUGAGGAUGACAAGUGCCCUAGACCAAUGUGCUACAAGUCUUACGGUAGUGGAAAAGAGGACAAUCCAAGUUGUGAUGUCUCUGGACAUGAGAAUUCAAGGAUGAAACUAGUGAGGCAUGUUUCAUUUGUGGAUUGUCCGGGACAUGAUAUUCUAAUGGCGACAAUGCUCAAUGGAGCAGCGAUUAUGGAUGGUGCUUUACUUUUGAUUGCUGCUAAUGAGCCAUGUCCGCAACCACAAACAGCUGAACAUCUUGCUUCUGUUGAUUUGAUGAAUCUUAAGGAUAUCAUAAUCCUUCAAAACAAGGUUGAUCUCGUUCAAGAAAGCGCUGCCAUCAAUCAUCACGACUCAAUCAAACGCUUUAUAAAGAACACAAAUGCGGAAGGUGCUCCGAUAGUUCCUGUCUCGGGACAGAUGAAAUACAACAUUGAUGUUGUGUGUGAGUAUAUCGUCAAGAAGAUUCCAAUCCCUAAGAGAGAUUUUGUUUCGCCACCAAAGAUGAUAUUGGUUCGUUCUUUUGAUGUUAACAAGCCUGGCGUUGAGGCUGAUGGUGUGAAUGGUGGAGUCGCAGGUGGAAGCAUCCUCCAGGAAUAUUUCAUAUCUCUCCAUGGUGUUUUGAAAGUGAACCAGUUGAUUGAAAUUAGACCUGGAAUCGUUGGGAAAGAUGAGAAUGGAAACACAACAUGCACACCAAUUUACUCGCGUGUAACCUCUCUUUACGCGGAAAAGAACGAGCUUGAGUUUGCUGUACCGGGAGGUUUAAUCGGGGUCGGAACAACAAUGGACCCUGCUCUUACCCGUGGGGAUAGAUUGGUCGGUCAAGUCCUCGGUGAAAUAGGUACGCUUCCUGACGUGUUUGUUGAGAUCGAGGUGAGUUUCGUGCUUCUCACGCGACUGAUUGGAGUGAGCACAAAGGGAACAGAGGAGAAAACGAGAGUGUCGAAGCUAAGCAAAGGAGAGACGUUGAUGGUGAACAUUGGUUCCAUGUCAACGGGAGCCAAAGUUAUUGGAGUGAGUAAAGGUAGGUUGAGGAUGCAACUGACCAGACCGGUUUGCACCAGCACAGGAGAGAAGGUGGCUCUAAGCCGUCGUGUCGAAAACCAUUGGCGUUUGAUCGGUCAGGGUCAGAUUAUGGCUGGAACCACCAUUCCCAUUGCUCCUCCUCCUCAAUUUCUCCCAUGAUUCGUUAACAUUCCUUGCGAUAUACAAUUUGCUCACCAAAAAUACAAUUUUGAAGUUAAUAAAGAUACUGAGAUUUUAUAUUUCUAUUUAAAUUUCCAUAGAAUGUGAUCUUUCUUGUAUGCCUAAAGAAAGGGUCUUUAAGAAUCAAAU